ACUCCAAACCACCCCAGCCAAUCGGGUGCUUUUGUCCUUUUCACAUACGUUAGCCGGGGCAGCUAGUGCUACUAUCCAACAUGUCGGCUACGUCUGUGUUCCCCAUGUGUUUGCGAGCGAGCCGGGGCCUCCUGAGGAUCAGGAGCGGGGCAGUUGGUGCCUCUGCCCCGGCUGUGGUGGACAUCGUCCGGACUCUCUCUACGGACAAACCGCCGGCCGGAACGGGCAGUGCGACGGGCGGGCUGGCUCAGGCUAUCCUCCAGGAGAGGCUCCAGCAGCAGAAGCAGAGUCAGGGCCAGCCUCCCCCCGAGGGAGGGGAGGGCGAGAAGGAAGGAGAACACACGGAGGACAAGAAGCAGAAGGAGAACACCGCCUACGCUAAGAAGAUGGUGCUCCGACUGGCGGGACUCAUGGGGCUCGGCGGAGCGGUCGGCAUGGUCUACCUAUUCGGCACCAACUCAGUGGACGAACAAGGCAACACGAUUCCAGAUGAGUUCGACAGAGAUCCUCCCGUCGUCCAACAGUUGAGAAGAACCUUCAAAUAUUUCCAGGACUACAGACAGAUGAUCAUCGAGCCGACGAGCCCGAAGCUGCUGCCGGACCCUCUGAAGGAGCCGUACUACCAGCCGCCCUACACCCUGGUGCUGGAGCUCACCGACGUCCUGCUGCACCCCGAGUGGUCGCUGGCGACAGGUUGGCGGUUUAAGAAGCGCCCGGGCAUCGACUACUUGUUCCAGCAGCUCGCCCCGCUCUACGAGAUCGUCAUCUUCACUGCUGAGACUGGCAUGACGGCCUACCCUCUGAUCGACAGCAUCGACCCCCAGGGUUUCGUCAUGUAUCGUCUCUUCAGAGAUGCGACUCACUACAUGGAGGGCCAUCACGUGAAGGACGUGUCCUGUCUGAACCGGGACACCAGUAAGGUGAUCGUGGUGGACUGUAAGCGGGAGGCGUUCAGCCUGCAGCCGUUCAACGGCAUGGCUCUGAAGAAAUGGGACGGGAACUCGGAGGACCGGACGCUCUACGACCUCGCCAACUUCCUCAAGACCAUCGCUCUGAGCGGCGUGGACGACGUCCGCUCGGUGUUGGAGAACUACGCUCUGGAGGACGACCCCAUCGACGCCUUCAAGCGCCGACAGGCUCAGCUGGCGCAGGAGGAGGAGCAGCGUCUGGCCGAGCUCGCCCAGCAGAAGAAACAGGGACUGUCUCUCGGCUCCAUCGCCUCGCGGUUCUGGCGCUCCAAACAGCAAUGAGCCCCGCCCCCCCCACCCCACCCCCCAUCCCCGUCUCUCACUUCCACCAACCGCUGUCGAGGAGGAGGAGGAGGAGGAGGAAGAGGAGGGAGGGAGACCCACUUGCUGCCGCUGAGCGGCCCCUGCAAACCAAUCAUCAGCGGGGGCGGGUCUGCGGUGCUGGAAACAUUGGCCGUCCCUCUGCACCAAUGAGAGAGGCACUUCCUGUAUGGGGCAGCGUCGGCGCCCACCCCGACCCCCCUUCCCUCCCUCCCGUUGGUCACCUCGACGCCACCUGACGCGUUGGUUGGUUAACAAGAAAGACGGAAAAGGUAGCGCCAGAGGAUCCAGGUCAGGACAAAGUCUUGUUGUUGGCGGUUUUUUUGGGAGGCUGGUGUGACAUCAGCGCCGCUAUCGCCACUCCGGCUCUGCUCGCCGCUCACCGCUCGCCGCUCGCCGCUCACAGGAUCUGACCUGAGAUCCCGAAAACCCUUCAGAUUAAGAAUGUGUAUUUUAUUUUAUUUUCUAUUCCUCCGUGUUGUGUGUGUGUGUGUGUCUGUCUGUGUCAGACUGUGCUGACGGCUGCUGGAGACCAUGUUAAAAUAAUGAGAAUUGUUUAUAAGAAAUAAAGAUGAAACGGUGAAUAAUGA